AUUCAAACACCAACACGUCAAGAGCUGUGAAAGUUCGAUCAACAGUGCCGUCCGUCUCAGCCAGCCUCGAAAACGCCAGGACGUCGAAUCGAUUUGAUGUCCAACUCCGCGGCCGCAACACCCAGAACACCGGCCUCUCCCGGUCCAGACAGCGAGCCAGUCGCAAUUACCCUACAAUUAGCUCAGCCAUACUUAUCCUCGGCUCAAAUUGUACGGUUAUGCGCUCGUCAGCGAAGGGAGGAGCUCCCGGAAGUGAAGGAGCAACACAUCAGAUUGCUCGCAGCACAAUGGAUAAACGCAGUAGGCGCCGCUCUGCAAUUUCCAAUACGCACAAUUGGCACAGCCCUAAUGCUUUUCCAACGCUUCCACCUCUUCAACCCCAUGGCAGACUACCUCUACACCGACACCGCCGCCGCAUGCCUCUUCGUCGCCUGCAAAAUGGAAGACACGAACAAAAAGCUAAGAGAUAUCUUGAUUGCGGACUACAAUUUGAAGCAUCCGGAUGGUCCGGAGAUCAAUCCGGAGAGUAGUUCCUUGGAAGAGCAUCGGAGACGGAUCAUUGGGUUAGAGAGGAGGGUGUUGCAGACUGCGGGUUUUGAUUUUAGGGGAAGGCAUCCGCAGAAUUCCCUCAUCAAGUUUGCGAGGUACUACAGAGUUCACAAGGACGUCGCAUCAAAAGCAUGGGACAUCUGCGUUGACGCAUACCGAACAUUCGCGCCGUUUAAACACACUCCUCAAACUCUCGCACUUGCUGCGCUGCUCUUAGCUGGCAAGCUGGCCACCGCAGCCGACGGUGCCCCCCUCGAGUUCGACCAGAUUCCUUUUGAGCGCUUCCACACUACACACGCAAACGUCGCAGACUGCGUUCACGACUUCCUGGAGCUAUACAUCCACCACCGACAAAUGACACGAAUCGGACAGGAUAUACCCCUCGAGAGAUUCAUGGAACUGCAAAUCGAGCUAAACAGGGCUGGGCAUGUCAUGCAAGAUGUGAAAGUACCCGUCCUGGAAACCGACGGAAGAGCAGAAAACGGACUGGACAAGAGCGGAAGGCACGAGGUAAUUCGCUACAUCCUCGACCCAGAACGGCAACGAAGAGAAAGGCACGCCAUGGAGGACUUGGUGAUGGAGGGGUGA